AUGUUCCCAUACAUCAAUCUCCUCUUCCAAUAUCCUGCAGACCUUACAGGUGCCUCUAUUGAUGAGCUGAAGCUUAUUGCGUCUUUUCUACUCUCCUACCCUCUGGCGGCGAUCCUGAAGAGAAUUCCGGACGCACAACCUUGGAAGAAAAAUACGUUCAUCAUUGCUGUGUCAUUGUUCUACCUGGUCGGUUUGUUUGAGCUGUGGGACGGUCUCCGAACUCUCUCCUACAGUGCGGCCGGUAUCUAUGCUAUUACUUACUACAUCGACGGCUCGUUGAUGCCCUGGAUUGGUUUCGUCUUCUUGAUGGGCCAUAUGUCCAUUAUUCAUAUCUACCGACAGAUCUUAAAUGAUUCCAAGGUGAUCGAUAUCUCCGGAGCCCAGAUGGUGCUCGUUAUGAAGCUCGCCUCCUUCUGUUGGAAUGUGCAUGACGGCCGUUUACCCCAGGAUCAGCUUUCGGAUUCUCAAAAGUAUGCAGCAAUUACGACCUUUCCUAGUAUUCUGGACUAUCUCGGAUAUGUAUUGUUCUUCCCCUCUCUCUUUGCGGGCCCCGCUUUUGAAUAUGUCGAUUACCAACGCUGGAUUGACACCACCCUUUUUGAUGUGCCCCCGGGUACGGACCCAUCGAAAGUGCCUCCGACUCGAAAGAAGCGCAAGAUCCCCCGGAGUGGAACUCCUGCGGCCAAACGGGCGUUGAUGGGGUUAGGCUGGAUCUUUGCCUUCCUGCAACUUGGUUCCAUCUAUAACGAGGAAACGGCACUUGGACGGCACUUCCAAGAGUACUCAUUUCUUCGGCGUGUCUGGAUCCUGCAUAUGCUCGGAUUCACGGCCCGGCUGAAGUAUUACGGAGUGUGGUCCCUGACGGAAGGUGCCUGCAUCCUAUCUGGGAUGGGGUACAACGGGUUUGAUCCGAAGACGGGAAAGGUCUUCUGGAAUCGGCUGGAAAACGUUGAUCCCUGGGGCCUUGAGACGGCCCAGAACUCGCAUGGUUAUCUGGCAAGUUGGAACAAGAACACCAACCACUGGCUUCGAAACUAUGUUUAUCUGCGGGUCACGCCCAAGGGCAAGAAACCGGGCUUCCGCGCUAGCCUCGCGACCUUUGUGACCAGCGCGUUUUGGCAUGGGUUCUAUCCUGGGUACUAUCUGACCUUUGUUCUUGGAUCAUUUAUUCAAACUGGAGCCAAGAAUUUUCGGCGCUAUAUCCGGCCUUUUUUCCUCACCCCAGACGGCCAAAAGCCCGGCCCAUAUAAGCGGUACUAUGAUGUCUUUAGCUGGCUGGUGACCCAGAUCACACUCUCGUUUACCGUGAUGCCCUUCAUAUUCCUAUCGUUCGGGACUUCUAUCAGCGUCUGGCAGAGUGUCUACUUCUACGGCAUUGUUGGCAAUGUCGCAUCUCUAGCUUUUUUUGCCAGUCCUGCCAAAGGAUUGCUUGCCCGAAAACUGAAAUCCCGCAACAAGCCUCCUAUGGCACGGAGCUCAAGCACCGAAAGCUUGCAUCAACCUACUCUCGGACUGCCAAGUGACGCGAUACAAGAGUUUGACGAAGCUGUGCAGGAGAUCCGAUCCGAGAUCGAAUCAAAGCGGAGGCAAGGUAGUACCGUCGGCAUGCCGACCGGCGCCGAGUUGAAGGCUGCAGUGGAAAAUAGAAUAGGUAAAAAGCUUGAGUAA